CUUCUUCCUGGCGCAGGCACUGAGCUGAGGGUAGGGAGAGUGAGCGAAGAGAAGUGAUAAAGGCGCAGCAGCAGCCCAACCUGCCCUCCUCCUCCUCCCCCCACCGCGCCGCCGGCCCCUCCCCGCCUCUCUCUCUGCCUUGCUGCUGCUUUCUUUCUCUCUCCCCACCACACUCACAUUACUCCAGGCCGGGAACAUGUCAGCCGGGCACCAGCACAGCCAGAGCCGGGCCAUCCCCACGAGGACCAUCCCCAUCAGUGACUCCUCUCAGCUACCUCAUGACUAUUGCACCACCCCCGGGGGCACCCUUUUCUCCACCACCCCUGGAGGUACCCGGAUCAUUUAUGAUCGCAAGUUUCUGUUGGAUCGUCGCAACUCUCCCCUGGCUCAGACUCCUCCCCGCCGCCUGCCAGACAUCCCUGGGGUGACCAGCCCUAGUACAGUUGUAGAAGAGACUAAAAUAGCAACAAACAAUUUGAACAACCAUGACAGGAAGACAGCUGUUGGUGAUGAUUCUCAAUUUGAAAUGGAUAUCUAAUCCUCAGCACUCUCGGCAAGCGCUCACAAAAUCUGCGUGUACCUGACUUGGCCAGUUGGAUCAUUUAAUGACAAAUCUGUCAAUGGCGCAAACUUGCCUAUAGAAACCUGUCCUUCCAGGUGCCAAAGGUCAACGCAACUAGGCUUCUGGGGUUUUUUUGUGGGUUUCCCCCCCCCCCCCCUCUUUAUUUCUUCCCCCUGGUUAAUACCACCCUGACAUUAAAGUGUGAGGUGGUGAAGGAAAUGGAGACUGAUUUUCAAGGGCUUGAUGUUGGCAAGUGGUAACAGUUUUCCAAUUUGUACCGUAACUUUGGAAAUACAUAUAAAUGAUGGGUGGUAGAAAAUGUACAACUUUAUUAUUUGUAUUCUCCCUUUUUUUUUUUUUUUCUUCUUCUCCUUUCCCUUUUAAAUAUAAAUCCUGCUAAAUAAUGGCGAAGGUGCUCGGGCCGUAGUUGGUAUGAUCAUUUGAAAUCUUUUGGCUUGAAUCCCUGUUCGAUACUCUGGAUCUUUUCAACAACAAAAAGAAUAGUCUUUUGGUGCAUAAUGAACCCCAGUGUCUUCUCGCUUUUGGCCUAGUUAGCACUUGCUUUCUCUUCUAGACCCUCUGGAGAUGCCAGCUGUUCAGUCUUACACUAGGCCCCUAUCCAAUGCAGUGUAUGUAUGCUGCCUGUUGUAGAAAUGCAUUUCUUUGGACUGAUGGAUUUUUGUAGGUUAAAUCAAUCAAUGUCCAUAUUUGAUUUAGUAGGGACUGAGUUUAUAACAAUCAAAUAAGAUUUCUGCUUUAUUUCCUCCAAAAAAAAAAAAAAAAAGUGUUUUGUUUUAAAUUCUAUCAAUCAAGAUAUGGACUUAAAGGGAAGGUAAUUUUUAAAACCUUUCACCCUUCUAAGCAACAGAAUUAGUUGUCACAAUGAUAGUGGGUUUUUUUGGGAUUUUUUUUCCCCCAAUUGUUUUGUGUUCUGUCCGGUGAUGCCAUUUUAAAUCCAUGUACAUCUGGCUAUCUCUUGUUUUCUGCCAUGGCACUUCUCAAAGAAAAUUGAUUUUGAGCAUCAAUUCUGAAUUCACCUGUGUAAAGGAAAAGUGUUCCUGAAUGGGUCACAACAUGUACUGAAAAAAAAAACUAUUAAAAUCAAGCUAGUAAAAUGUGGAAGAGAACAUUUUGACAAUUUUUGUAUCUGGUCUGUAUGUAAGUUUAUUUAGUUACAUGUUUGGCAUAACCUUAAUCCAUUUUCUAAACUGAUCACCAAAGUGUCCAACUUGAAAAAAAAAAUAAAAAAUAGAGCUUACAUUAAAGCAAAUGUAUUGGCCAAACAUGAUCAAAUUUUAGUUGUUUUUGUGGACUAAAAUGAUCAUUCGGUGCUAAUAAAAUUUCCACCAAAUCCAAAUGCUACUUUGAAUUGCUGUUCCAACUGAAAUAAGUUUUUAAGUGUUCCUUUUUUUUUUUUAUAUAUAUAUAUAUAUAUAUAUAUAUAUAUAUAUAUAUAUAUAUAUUUAUAUAUAUAUAUAUAUAAAAUGUCCUCCACCAACCCCUUCAACUUAAUGCAAUCCAAAUGGAGGACAAGCUUUAUUGUUUUUGUUUUGUUUUUUUUUUUGUCAUUUCCCCCCCCCCCCCCCCCCCUCUAUUUCCUAAUCUAAAGGUUCUGUUCUUAAGUAGUGUUUUAUGGGGUAGUAUGCAAAUAAUAAUGUAGCUGCAUGGACAAGAAUGCUAUGACAUAUACAAUAUACUGCCCCAAUUAUAAUUUGUAGUACUCCAGUUAUUUUCCUCCUUUUGGAGCAAGCCUUUUCAUGGGAUAUUUUAAAUAGGAGAAUUUAUAAAUAAAAUAAUAUUAAAAUGCAACCAAACCCCUGGGGCCGGAUGUAAUUGUGUCCCAGUUGGUUGCGGCUGAACUCUGAUGUUUCUUUAAAGCGGCAAUCAUUUACAUGGUUUUGCCUUGUAAAUGAUUGCUGCUUAAAAAAAGCCAUCAGAGUUCUGCUGGCAACCCGCAUCCCCGCCCAACUCGAACGGCAUUACAUCCGGCCCCUGAUGUAUUUAGCUUGGAUUGCUUCUUGAUGAAUGUAGAAAUCAGAUAAAGGUCUUUAACUAGUAUGCUAUGAAAUAUAGCAGUUUCGUUUGUUUUCUUUAAAAAAAAAAUGUGAAAAAUUCUAUACUGCUGUCAAACAAAGAAAAAGUUAUCACCUAGUGUGUAUUUGUAUACUGAUCUAUACAAACCCACAUAAUAUGCUGCCGAUUGCUGAAGCAAAGGCUUGGAUGAUUUACAGCUUUUUACAGUUCACUUUACUUUAUGUGGGAAUGUCCUGUUUAUUAGUAUUUCUUAAUUUGGUAGUCUUGAUUUUCUUUGGUUGCAAAUUAUACAUAAGGGGGUGACGUAAGUCUGGCAUUAGAGCUUUUGUUUUACUGUAGUAAAGCUAAAAGGAAAACUACACCUAGAUACAUUUUUCAGUAACAAAUGUCUCACAUUUGACAGAACAAUGUAUCUGCGUAAGCAGUGAUCUCGUGGCUGCAAUUUUUCUACACAAGGAUAUGUUAAGCUAUUGAAAUACAAACAGUAUGCUGCAUUUAAGACUUUAUGCAUACAUGUAUGGUGGGUUUUGUUUUUUUACAAUUGUAUAUGCUGUGAUAUAUAGGUUUGUAUGUAACAUCCAAAUCACUCAAAAAAUUAUAUUUACAUUUGUUUUAACAUAUGUAAUAAUGGAUAAUUGGACUUAUUUCUUUGUUCCUCCGAUGUUGUUUUGCUGCAGAUAGCAAGACAUUAAGGCCCACACUGGCAAUAGACAAACUGUUAAUUUUAUAUAUGCUUAUUUAAGAACAAAAUGUUGGCAGCGAGCAAGAAAGGAGGACGAAAGUGCAGUACCCAAAGAUAAGUGUUCUAUGGAAACACAUUUCAAAACGGUUUAAAUUGUUUUUUUUAUAUAUAUAUAUAUAUAUAUAUAUAUAUAUAUAUAUAUAUAUAUAUAUAUAUAUAUAUAUAUAUAAAUAAAUAUAUAUUUUGCACUCGCAGAUUGUAUUUCCACAAUCACUGGGGUGCAAUAUGCAGAGCCCCCUCUGAUCCAGACAAGGUCCCACAAGGGACCCUGUAAUUAUGUGAGGUUGGAUUAACGAUCACUUUUUUCUAUAUGGUGGUGUUAGAGGGGGUACCAUUUUUUUAAUGUUCUUUAAGAUCAAAUACACAGGGCUAUUGUGUAUUGCCUCUCCGUGUAGCAAAUAAAGGAGUUCUCUCCAUUGAAUUCCCACAUUACCCAGAGCCAGAUUGUGUUAUACAUCUAAAUGCAGCUGCUGCAGCCCACAGUGCAGGAGUACUCAAUUUAUCCAGUUUGCUUUUCAAAGGCUGCAGGUAGAUCCGGUUUCAGGGCUUUUUCCCACCUAUUCAAUUAAACCCUGUUUUUUGCGCUAAAAAAAAAAAAAAAAUUCUGACCUAUGUGUGUUUGCAAUAAUGGCCACAAAAAUGGGACUAAGUAUCUGGAUUUUUUUAUUUUUUAUCCCGACUGCCUUAGGCAGGUUUACCGCUGCUAAUAGGAUCGUCGGGGGGCCAUCCUAUUAGCCCCAAUGCUGGCAUUUAUCGGUCCCAGAUCCCAUGUGUUACUGCACGAUAACGGAUUGGGGCUAAUUUUAUACCUCCCAAAGUGAGAAUUUCUAAAAUCAUGGUCUCUAAUAUAAAAGCGUAAAGGUUUGUGAGAAACAAAAAUGACUGUCUACAGCAAGAUAAGGUACUUGGGGCACAAAUAUGACAAAACAAAACCAUACUAGCUGAUAGUUUGACUAUUACUCUUAUGUAUUGAGUGACUAUUCAUUUAACCCUCCUGUCUGUGUGUGACCCUUUCCAUCAAUAUCGUUAAGGGCUGCAAAAUAUGGAGGCUGUAAUAGCUGGUUAUGACCUUAUGCAGCUUUGUUUGUAUAACUCAGGUAUAAAGAAAACAGCCUUGAUCAGCCAGACUAGUAUACAUUUCUUGAUUUCUUGUACAUAGCUGCUGUAUUCUGUUAUACAGUAUACAGAAUUUUACACACUUCUGUAAAGUUCUGUGAAGUUUUUUUUUUUUCGUUUUUUUUCUGAGUGAUAUUUACACUAUUCACCACUCUCUGUGAGCAAUUUAAAGGGAACAUUCACUUUGGUAACACUUGUUUAAUUGAUAAAUAUGUCCAGACAAUCGUAUUUUCGUAGGUUUCAUUUUGAGCAUUUAAUGGUUUUCCAAAAAAGUUUUGAGGGUCUUACAGUGCGCCUUUCACAAUUAUGAUUGAAGAGUAAAAGGAACUGUAUUUGAAAAAUAGCAAGUUCCUCAGUCCCAGCCGACUGAUUUUAACAUCAGUAUCAAAGUACUUGUCUGUACACAAUUCUAGCCACUGGUUCUCUUAUAUACAGGUCUGCACAAGUCAAUAAGGCAAAACAUUUAAUGUUUGUGUUGGUAAGGGGUUAUUAAAGCCUUAAAAUGAUAUGCUGGCAAAUGUUACUGUCUGGUCAUUUUAUAUUUCAUUGAAAACAAAUGUUCUGAAAGUGAGCAUCUUAAAAGUGCACCUAUCAACGAGACACGGUGAAAGCAGCCAUUUUGUGAGGAUAAGCUGUUUGUGAGAAUGACGUUCUGUGCAAACAACUAAUGUAAUUUAACUGGCCACUGAUAAUGGGGCAAGGUUGUGGAUUUUUGCUAUUGGUGAAGUAGCCUGCAGGGGUCAGCAACUGACUAUGAUUAGGGUUUUCUUUGUAUGAGAAGCUAGUGAGCACUUUGCAAAAUUGACCUUUACCACAAACCUUGUAAAUUAAAAUCUCAAUUGUUCUGAAA